AUGGGCGAGAUCCCCAAGCUGGUGAAAAUCAACGUCUCCCUGAAAAUCCAGCCGAACGACGGGCCGGUCUAUUUCAAGGUGGACGGGCAGCGGUUCGACCAGAACAGGACCAUCAAAUUCCUGACAGGGGCCAAGUACACGGUCGAGGUGGUGCUGAAGCCAGGGGUCGUGCAUGCCACGACUAUGGGUAUAGGAGGAGUGAACAUCCCCCUGGAAGAGAAAUCAAGAGAUCCCCAGGUCGUCUGUUACACGGGAAUCUACGAUACAGAAGGAGUGCCUCACACCAAAAGUGGGCAAAGACAGCCUUUACAGGUCAACAUACAGUUUAGUGACAUCGGCACUUUUGAGACAGUCUGGCAAGUCAAAUUCUAUGACUACCACAAACGAAAUCAUUGCCAAUGGGGAAACGCCUUUGGUAGCAUCGAGUAUGAAUGCAAACCCAAUGAGACACGCAGUCUUAUGUGGAUCAACAAAGAGAUGUUCCACUGA